GCCGCACUGACGCUAGCAACAAGGAAGUGUGAUCAUGUGAAAAAUAGGUGAACGUCAAAUAUGUCGACAUCUCUUCCCGGGUCCGUGUUGGUGAUUUUAACUAGGUUUUCACCAAAGAGCACUGACACCUGAAGUCAUGUCAGGACCGGCCCAGCAGCUCAGUGAGUCCGCGGUGAUCCGCAGCCUCCGGCGCUUCAGAGACAGAUACUUUCCAAACGGUGGGAAAGUUGUCAAAGACGACUUGACGCUUGUUGAAGACACCGGAGGACAGAGACAGCCGGGGUUUCUGGAUACGUUACCGGUGGACAUACAGUUCCUGAUCAUGACCUUUCUCUCUCCUGCUGAUAUCUGCUGCCUGGGAGCCACCAGUCGCUACUGGAGGGCCAUGGUUAGAGAUCCAUUGCUGUGGAGAUACUUCCUGCUCAGGGACAUGCCACACUGGCCCUCCAUUGAUCACACGAGCAUGCCCCAACUGGAGUGUCUGGAUGCACCGCUGAUCAAUGAAGACGAGAGCUUGGAUGAUAGAGAAGAAGGCGAUGACAGAGGGAAGGAAUUGAGAUUUGACUACAUGUCAGAAUACCUGAAAGGCUGCCCAUCCUGCAGACAACACUGGCUUCCCUCACGGCCGGCAUAUGAGGUCGUGACCUCGUUCCUUCAGUCUCUGGUGCUCUCUUCUGAACCACGUUAUGCCAUGUUUGGCCCUGGCAUGGAGCAGCUGGACGUCUCAUUAGUCACAAGACUCAUGCAUUCCCCAGAUGUACUUCCUGUGUCGGGCACUCCUAACAGACAGAUAAAUGGUAUUGGCUCAGGGAUCAGUUACACGUUCAACAACCAACACAAAUUUAACAUCCUAACUCUGUACUCAACCAACAGGGCAGAGAGGGAAAGAGCCAGAGCGCAGCAGCAGAGCACCAGUAAUAAACUUUUUACAAUCGAAGGAACAGAUGACUCAGGCUGUCUAAUCUACACCCCUGCUCCUCAGGUCCAGCAAGUGUGCCAGGUGGUGGAUGGUUUCAUCUAUGUAGCCAAUGCCGAGCCUGGGAGAGGUGAGGGAGAGUCUGAAGUGGCUCAGAUUCGAGCUGUGCUGAACUCUGCCGAGGGUGUAGCAUCCAGGCCUCUGCUGGUGCUUUCCUGUGUCUCCAGAGAAGAAGCAGAAACCGUUAGCACAACCAAUCUGCAAACUAUUAGCAGCAGAAACAGGGCCGGGAGUCGGACCCCCUGUGUCUACAUGGCAAAGAGACUCGGCCUGCCUCAACUGGCGAACCCCUGGAUGGUGCAGGAUACAGUAGCAGAGUCCCUGUCAGGUCUUCUGGACGGCAUUUCCUGGUUACUGAGAUGUUCAGGAGUCAAACUCUACGGCAAGUAGUUAUCUAUUUUCUGCUGCUGCCAGAUGAAUGAAAACCGCAGACCUCAUUGCUGCGUCAUCCUGACACCAAGAUACACUACAGCAUUUCCUGAGUAAUGUAUACCACAUGUGUGCAGUGUCUCAGGGGCUGGAGCAUUGCUUGUGGGAUUUAAUGACUUGGAUCAGCAGCAAAACUGAUGGGUUCAAUCAGUUAUUUUGGAUGAAGGAACACACAGAUAAACAGACUCGGGUGCAGAAGCAGAAAACCAAAAUUAAAAAAACAGUGCUAAAAAGUCACAGUGAAAAAUCACUUUUUGCCGCCUUACUCAUCUUAUAUGUCAUUUAAAUAUGUGAUAAGUAUAUGCUAUUUUAAUUAUUCAUCAUAUCAUGACAUUGGUUUACAAUAAGUGAGCUGCUAGCUCAUCAGGUGGCCCACUACUCAAUUUAAAAUGUGAUAGAGACACUUAGGUUUUUUUUUUGUUUUGUUUGUUUUGGGUUUUUUUUACAGUUGAGAGUUUGUGCCAACAACUCACCUACAAAAAGUCAGCUUACAUAACUUCCAGACAAAAUCCUUUGACUUCUGAUCUAUGCUGUACGUUAGUUUACUGCAAAGAUUGGACUAAACUAGCAAACCAUAACACAAGCACUUGAAUGUGCAUACUUAUGUAUUUUAUGUUCAUGCUAUUAAGAAAUUAUGCCUUUGAUAAAAGCUACUCCUCUGAUUUUAAA